UAAGGUGAGGUGCUCUUGAGGAAAACAGAAACCUGUUCAUAAACCAGAAAUGGAUUCUGGCAAGGGAAUGUACCAUACUUCUGUAAUGUUAACGGGGUAUCGCAGAAUGGAAUCUUGUUCAGCCACCCAUAUGUCGAACAUUCCUGUCGAUGAGGAUCUGCUAUGCAUGGUCUGUAAAAGAAUUUUUGAUAACCCUGUUAUACUGGAAUGUGGACACAGCUUCUGUAAAGUUUGUGUUGAGAGGUUUUGGGACAGUCAGAAGGAUCCUCUCUGCCCAGACUGUCAACAUGGAUGUCAAACUAGGAGAUAUUUUAUCAAUCGAGCACUAAAUAAUCUUGCACAGAAGGGAAGGAAUUUGGGUCAGAAGUCUACUGCAGAUGAAAGUGAUAUAUAUCAGGGAUCCAGCCCGUUCUAUUGCAUUCAGCAAGGCUCAGACCUGCAGGAUUCAAGUAGUAUAGAAAGGGUUAUUGAUCUCAGGCGGUGUACUUUGGAUAGCAUCUCUACUGAUGACAGUGGAAUUAGUGAAGAUAGUGAUAAAGCUUCCUCUUUGGAAGGAAGUAUUGAUGAAUUGAUGAAAAAAAACAAAGCUCCCUUUUGGAAAGUUCACAGCUCCAGCUAUGUUGUCAGACCUGCAGCUUGUGACAGAUACGAAGUGAAUCAGAAACUGAGCUACAAAACUGACUCAGUUGUCAUCUGUGAUCAGUGUGGGGACCAAGACAAGCACAAACAUAAUAUGAUAGAAAAGCUUUCACAGGCAGCUAGAGAGUACAUGGGUAAGCUACAGAAUUCCAAAAUGGAAAAGCUCACAAAACUGGAAAACAGCGAGCAGCAGGCCAUCCAAACAACCAGGGAAAAGGUCAGAAACGUGCAGGAGUUUGUCGACUCUCAGUUUUAUUUGCUUCACCAUUUUCUCCUUGAGAAACAACAACAUGUGAUUCAGAAGCUAAAGAAUGAAGAACGACAGAUUUUGGGAGUGAUGAAAGAAAACCUGAAGAUCAUUGAAAAGGAGAAAAUGUUCACGGAAAAAUUUCCUGCCAGAAUUCAGAUACAGGACAGUCAUGGACCAGAAGAAAGGGGGUUGGAAUGUCCAGAUGUGGAGUGCGUAAAGAAAUUGGUCACCCCACCUGAUCUGAAUGUUGGGGUGUACAAAGGCCCCCUGCUGUACAGUCUCUGGAAAGAAAUGAAAUCUAUUAUAAACCCUGGUGUGUCUCCUCUGAAACUUGACUCUAACACAGCGCAUCCUGCAUUACAUCUCUCUAAGGACCUGACCUGCGUUAGGGUCAGUGAUGUCAAACAGCAGCUGUCUGAUCUGCCGGAGAGGUUUGAUGAAUGUCCCUGUGUGCUGGGAUCUGAUGGAAUCACAGAAGGGAAACAUUACUGGGAGGUGGAUGUGGUGAACAGGACAAACUGGGUUGUUGGCAUGGCCAAGGAGUCCAUACAGAGGAAAGGCAAAAUCACAAUGACACCAGAAAAUGGAUAUUGGACUUUAUGCCUGCAGAAUGGAGACAUCUAUGCUCAGGAUUCACCCAGGUCCUUUAAAAUCUAUGCUCAGGAUUCACCCAGGUCCUUUAAACUGAGUGUAAAACCCUCAAGGAUUGGGGUAUACAUGGACUACAAUGCAGGACAAGUGUCAUUUUACAAUGAAAACAUUUCCCAUCUUUAUACCUUUCAUGAUACUUUCAGUGAGGCAAUCUAUCCUCUCCUGGGAUUCUCUUGUAUUGAUGAAGAGAACAGUUAUGGGAACUUAACAUUCUUUCAUAUAAAACUAUAGUCAGUCAUUCCAAUGCACAGGUACAAGUACACAGACAUUUUAUGUAAAUCAGCACUAUGUUCUAGAUGCACCAAAAUACUCUUUUUGGUACAUUUAUGUUUGUAAAAUGGCAGAAGUGAAUUCUGAAAUCUGGUUGGUUAUUUAUUUUGCACUACAGGACAAUAUACAUUUAUGUUUCUAGAAUGACAGUAGUGAAUCCUGACAGCUGAUUGGUUAUUUGUUGUGCAUGACAGAGCAGUGCUGUGCAAUAAAAUAAUUGGUCUUCUUGA